AUGCCGGAUGAAUUUAACAUAACAUGGCUUCAUAGAAGGGAUCCCAUACUUAAUCAAUAUGGUGGUUAUUGUGCUAAUCAAGAGAGAAAUUUGAGGAAGGCUGCAGCUCAGGAAGUGGUUGACAAAGUGAGGCAGCACAAUGGUCUGUUGGUUGAUCAGGUGUAUUACCCCAAAUUUUUGUCUCUGGUUUCUGCUUACUGUAACAAUCUUGUUGAAUUAGAGGUGAAGAACACAUGGCUUUCUGUGGACCAUAUGAAUCAGAUGUUAAUGAUUAGGAAGGUAGAUCCGACUUUGGACAUGGAGGCUGAUGAAGGAGACAAUUACACACAUAUUCCAGUAAGAAACAGAGUUGGAUGAUUAUUUGUUAGUUUUAUAGGAAUGUAUAACCCAUGUUAGUAAUGUAUUAUUUUUGUUUAACAUUUGAAUGAUUCUUUGUAUGACAUAUUAUAAUUUGUGCAAUUUAUUUUAUU